CCAACCACUGAAACCACCAGCCACGACCACGUCUUCUCCUCUACAUAAUGCACGUGCAGGUGCGAGCACAAUCCAGUUCCCUCACCACUCGACCAGAGGAGCAGAGCUGUGGUGCUCGAGUUACUGCCAGGAGCCCAGGAGAACUGUAGUAGUGAUCACCGGCGAUAUGGCGGCUGCGGCUGGGGAUGGGACGAGGAGGAAGACGGCGUGCGUCACCGGAGGGAGCGGGUACAUCGCGUCGGCGCUGGUCAAGAUGCUGCUGGAGAAGGGGUACGCCGUGAAGACGACGGUCAGGAACCCCGAUGACGGGGAGAAGAACGCGCAUCUCAAGACCCUGGCGGCGCUCGGCCCCCUGGAGGUCUUCCGCGCCGACCUCAACGAAGAGGGCAGCUUCGACGACGCCGUCGCCGGCUGCGACUACGCCUUCCUCGUCGCCGCUCCGGUGGCCCUCAUGCCAGAGAACGCCGAGGAAGAAGUGAUCCAGCCAGCGAUCCAGGGAACCCUGAACGUGAUGAGGUCGUGCGUGAAGGCGGGGACGGUGAAGCGCGUGGUCCUGACAUCGUCGACGGCGGCGAUCUCCAGCCGGCCGCUGGAAGGCGACGGGCACGUCCUGGACGAGGACUCCUGGUCCGACGUCGAGUACCUCAGGGCCACCAAGAGCGGUACCUGGGCGUACCCUGCCUCGAAGGUGCUCGCAGAGAAGGCGGCGAUGGCGUUCGCGGAGGAGAAGGGCCUCAGCCUGGUCACCGUGUGCCCCGUGGUCGUCGUCGGCGGGGCCCCGGCCACCAAGGUCAAGACCAGCGUGCCCGAAGUCCUCUCCUUGCUCUCCGGCGACGACGACAUGGUCGACAACCUGGAGCUGAUCGAGAAGGCGUCCGGGUCGAUCCCGCUGGUCCACAUCGACGACGUGUGCCGCGCCGAGAUAUUCGCCGCCGAGGAGGCCACGUCGGGGCGGUACAUCGUCUGCACCCUCAACACCACCGCCGUGGCGCUCGCCCACUUCCUGGCGGCCAAGUACCCGCAGUACGAGAUCAAUGACGACCGCAUUGGUCAUCUUCCGGAGCAGCCGAGGGUGAGCAUCUGGUCGGACAAGCUCGUCAAGGAGGGGUUCGAGUACAAGUACAAGAACCUGGACGAGAUAUACGACGACCUCGUCGUCUACGGCAGGACCCUGGGACUCCUGAAAUACUGAUCUCGGAACGGGAUUAUGCGCUUGCAAAAUAAAAUCUAUCCUCCUAGAGGCUAGAGCACAAAAUGUGUUGAAAUGUUGGUCCCUAAGUUCGAUUUCA